UCGGUAUUGUGAGAACAGUUCAAAAGUAAAAGCUAGGCCUAUUCUCAAAGAAUAUAUUCUAGGUCUAGAUCUCAUCGUAGCAGAUUGCAGAAUUCAGCAUACUAUUAACUAUUUAAUAACAAAUAAAUAGUUUGCCACAUAGGCCCUCUACUUAUCCUUUCUAUUACGAUUCAUAAUCACCAAGAAAAAAAUAAUUUUAAAAAAUCGAGAUAUUUUUUUAGCCCUUAGGAUUUUACUUAGGCGUGAUGAUAUGAUUGUGACUGUGUUUUUACAAUAGUCAAUAUAUUGAAUAUAGUUGUGCAAGCUGUGUCUACCACAUACAUUUAUCACUGGGACUAAAUCUUUGCUAUAAACACAUUCAAUUAAUCAAAAUUCAUUAGUAUUGACAAGCUAGCUGUCGUUCUUUGCUCAAAGCCAUAAGAAAAACUGCAACAAAAGGAAAAUGAGUUCUAAACCAAAGCAGUUUAAGUUUGCAAAUAGUAAUGAACAAUCUAAACUGGCAGACGAAGAUAAGACAGAGUUUAUUGAUAAAACACUUCGCAAAACUCCCCGCAAUGUUGGUCCACUCAUCCCUGAUCAAUGCCAUCUAAAACCAGUACAUGGUCCUCCUAGUGUUGUUAGUGAUUUUUCUAGUGUAUGUGCUGAUUCAACUGAACAAAGUGACACUUUUGCAGAAAAUAAUAAAGAAGCUGAUUUACCAGCAAAUAAUACUGAACUGCUGGAUACUCAGCCACUUCUUAUGAAUGCCGCACAAAUAUUAGGACAUGCAAGUAACAAUUUUGAGCACAUUGAUGCACAACAUCUGAGGACAUAUCAAUUGGAAUUGGCAGAAAAGGCAGCCACAAAGGGCUUAAAUACAAUUAUAUGUGCACCAACAGGCUCUGGAAAGACUUUGGUUGCAGCAUACAUAAUUUUUGAUCAUUUAACAAACCAUGAAGCUACUGGUACAAAAAAGAAAGUGGCAUUUUUGGCAAAAACAAUACCCUUGGCAACUCAGCAGCAUAAAGUUUUAAGUGAUUAUCUUCCUAAUUGUUUCAAGACAGCAAUUCUUACUGGAGAGAGCAAAGAUAACUUAAACCUCAUAAGUGUUCUUAAUGCAAAUGAUGUUGUUGUGAUGACACCUAUGAUACUGCAGAAUAAUAUACAGUUUAAAGACUUUCAGUUAAAUGAGUUUUCACUUUUGAUAUUUGAUGAAUGUCAUCAUACUCGCAAAGGGGAAACAUACAAUACUCUAAUGAACUGCUACAUCAAUCUCAAACAUAAAGAAGACACACAUACUCACAUGGAAAGCCUACCUCAGGUUGUUGGUCUUACUGCUUCAGUUGGUGUUGAAAAAGCAAACAAUUUAGAUCAAGCUGUCAGUAGUAUAAUUUCACUCAUGGGCAACCUUGAUGUGUACAAACUCUCUAUAGUAGAAGAUAACAUAGAUGAUUUGGAAAACUUUGUACCAAAACCAGACGAUUGUGUUCCUGAAAGAUUGGAAAAACAAGAAGAGGAUGAAUGUAUUAAAAAAGUUUAUUCAAUUAUGAUGAAGCUUGAAGAACAGAUUGACAAGCAUGCUCUAGAACUAAAUAAUCAGAAGGUUUUAGAUUUGUUAGAAACAAAGCCAACAGACAGAAAAAGUCAAAAUUAUGGGCAAUGGGUUGUUCAAUUAAACAAUGCAGCAACAACACACCCCAUCAGUGAUCUAGAGGGAGAGACCAAUAUGAAUGUUAGAACACUGAUAAUCAUUUCAGAAUAUUUAAAGGUGUACAACUUCGCAUUGGAAACCCAUGAUUUAGUCGAGCUCAGAGAUGCAAUGCCAUAUUUGUCAAACAGUUUUGAUAAAUUCAACCAUUACAAAAAUAAACCCCAAGACGAAGCUACUUUUUAUAGAUAUUUUGAAGAAUUGGUUGAAUUAGUGGAAAAUGGACAGGGAGAAGAAAACCCAAACCUUUUAACCCUAUCUAACACAUUAGAAGAAAGACUAAUUAAUAAAGGAGUAAAUUCGCGCGGAAUCAUUUUUGUUAGGACACGAGCUCUUGCAGAAGCUCUUGUGUCUUGGCUGAACAGAGGCAACAAAAGUUUUCUAAAUGCUUCAGUUUUAACUGGAACAAAUGUUAGUGAAGCUCUGGGAGGAUUGUCACAACAGGCACAGAAACAGAUUAUUGAAAAUUUAAGACUGGAGUUAUUAGACUUCUUGUAGCUACUUCUGUUGCUGAGGAAGGUCUUGAUAUUCCACUCUGCAAUUUAGUUAUCCGAUACAAUCACAUUGGCAAUGAAGUUACCACCUUGCAGACUCGAGGAAGGUGCAGGAAAGAAGGUGGAGCUACAGUUCUCUUAGCUACAGAAGAUGUUAUAAAAAGAGAACAAAGUAACAUAGAGAGAACUAAAAUAAUGGAAGAGGCUAUUAAUGUAAUCAAUCAAAAGGAAU